AUGGACCCAGACGAAGACCCCGGCAUGGACCCUGGCAAGCCUUCCAAGGAGAAGAAGAAAAGUCGCAAAUCCAAGUCUGAAAGUCGCAAAUCCAGUAGUCGAAAGAGCAAAAAGAAGUCAUCUUCUUCGAAAGAGAGUGAAGAUUAUAGCGAUGAAGGUCAGUGGGAUCCAGUGAAAUUUGAUGAGCAAACUGGGGAUUGUUGGAAGGAUAUUGAUAAACCUAAACGCGUCGCUGAUCUCCCCUCUCCUGAUAUAGCAGACUAUGAAAGACAAGAAGGAGAUGAAGACUGGCCGUACAAGAAGUCUUAUGCUGUCGAUGAGAGAAAGUCGAAAAGCAAGAAGGAAAAAGGCCUGACUGCACCAAGCAGAGCAAAGUCAGAUGAUGAGGGAGAGGUAGUUGGAAAGGAAAAGCGUUCGUCCAAGAAGGACAAGAAAUCAAAAAGUAAGAGCAAAUCCAGUCGUAGCAGUAGUUCCAGAGAUCAUGAUGAUGAUGCUGCUGCUGCGGAAGUGUCAGACGAAGAGGAGGAUCUGCAUAGCGAAGAGGAGGACGAGGCACGAGCAAGAAGGCGGCCAAAGAAACAUUCGAGUCGAAAGUCGGAUUCAGAGCGAUCUUCUGGUGAAGGCCACGACGACGAUGUCAGCGAUGGAUACGAUGAGGGUUCAAACAACAACGCCGACUCGGAUGAAUUCUCGGAAGAUGCUUCGUUCUACAGUGAUGAGGAUGAACCAUAUUCGAGUGAUCUUGAUGGCAGCAUUGAUUCAGACGGAACAUAUGAUAGUGCUGAGGAAUACGGAGAUUACGGGGGCAUGCCUCCUGAAACGCCUGCAAUGAUGAACUACAACCAAGAAAUCAACGACCUGAUGCAUAAAGCGAAUCCAGAGCACACAGAUCAUUUGAUGAAUCGUGUAAACAGACAAAAGGGGAACAUCGCAUACGAUCAAAACAUGCCCAUGAUGACACGUCAGGCGCUCAUGACUCGCCAAGCGAGUGCUCAAGCUGCCAGAGCGAGAGUGGAUGCGAAUUCAGUUGACAGAUCCAGGUUGGGAUUCCGCAACGAAUCUUUUCAUGGAAAGAGCGGCGGUGGUGCAAAACCCGUGCGUCGUGGUCCAGGUGGUAAAAGAGCACCACCUCGAUCAAAAUCAUCUGGCCUCGGUACCAUGGCCAUGGCUGGGAGGCGUGCCGCUCCAUCUGCUGGUGGUGAGGAUGCUGGUGGUGCGGAUGAUCCACGAUCUCGGUUCCGUGGAAGAGGAGCUUCGACUUCAUUCCAGAGACAUUCGAACAAACCCAACAAUGUUGCUCGAAUGUCUGGUCGCCGAGGGGAGAUGGAUCGAUCAGGGCAUCGUCCUGCUGCUGGAUCGUCGGCGUCACGGGGGGAACCUCGACGUGGUAAUGUGGGUCGGGCAAAGUCCACUACCGCCCUCUCUAGAGGUGCCCCAUCUGCUCCUCAAAAGCCACUGAGACGUCAACCACGCCGUACCACAAAGGAAGAACAGAUGAAGACAAACGAAGUUUCCGACGAGAGUAGCGAAGAAUACGACAGUGACGAGGAGAGCGACUCGGACGAAGGACAGAGAUCGCGGCCAAAGCGAAGAGUUAAGAAGGUUGUCGACAAACAAGACAUGACCAUCAAGAAGCAUCGCCGGAAGCUUCAUGGUAUGAUGUACAAUAUCAAGAUGAGUGUGGAGAUGUCUGAUCUAAUGAAAGAAGUGAAGAAGGGAGAGAUUCCGAAGUCUCCUAUCAAGACCCUGCUCAUGGACGAGCCAUGA